UUGAUGAGCUUACCCUCUUGUACCUCUGACAUCUCUGUGCGAAGAGCUUCUGGAGUAGCGGCUGACUUUUCCGCCGGGACCCCGGGGUAGCCAAGAGACCAGCACACCAGACUCACGGCUCGAGGCAGGGUCACAGCCGCAAUCAGCCUUGACCGGACAACCCAGACAACUUGGCCAACGCAGCACAGACUACUUGUCUUUGUAUUAUUGACUCUAAAUCCAACCGGCGGGCGGAGAUCUGGAAUCCUGUGCAUUCCCUACGACCAAUCUGUAUCGUUGCUUUGCUGAAAAAGAGACAUGGAUGAUGGACUAUCGCUGGGGAAUUCAGAUUUCCAGUCUAAGGGAGACAUUAUCACUUUCAACCUUACCAACAAACCACAAGGACCCUCAAAAAGGAAUAAAGAGAGACUUUGUAUCUGUAAAGUUAUCACCAUUGUCAUGUUCUUUCUGAUGAUUUUGAUAACUACCCUGGCCACAAUUUUAGCAGUUGAAAAACACAAAUCUUCCGCUGAACGCAUGUCAUGCUUGGAUGGCUGGAUUGGUUACUUAGGAAAGUGCUUCUAUUUCUCCGAAAGUACAAGAACCUGGAGAGCAAGCCAGAACUUCUGUGCCUCUCACGCAGCCACUCUUGCUGUCUUCAACACCACAAAAGAACUGGAUUUCCUGAAGCGAUAUUCUGACCACUCUCAAUAUUGGAUUGGACUGAGUCGAGAAGCAGGACAGAGCUGGAAGUGGAUAGAUGGAACCAUAUACAGUGGUUGGUUUUGGAAUUGGAGAAUGUGCCUAUCUACACAAAACGGGGAUCAGAGGCUCCAGUACCCGCUUGGUUAGAAAAUGGAUUUGUAGCAAAUCAGACCUAUGCAUCCCCAGAAGUUAAGACAUCAUGGAUCUAAGAUAUUUUACGUAAAAUAGUGUAAAAGGAAUAAUUUUUAUUCCUCUUGAAGGAAACAUAUUAUAUUAAUAUGAAAGUACGUGAGAUUCAUGUUUAGAAAUUUCCAUUGGUGUUUUACUCCGCUUCUCUAAACCCAUGUUUAUAAAUCUUCUAGAGUCUUAGGAUUCAAGAAAUACAUGCCCCAACGUCUGUUCCCAAAUCUCACAGAAUAAAACUUCUGAUACGUAAUACAUUAAAUACGAAUGAAAAACCUAAAUGACAUUUUACAGUAUUUACUCCUAUGGAUUCAGAUUAAUGUCAUUUAAAGUGGCUUGUUUUUCUGGGGCG